UUCAAGCUGCAUGAGGCUGAAUGAUCACUAGAGGAAUGGGUCCAUAAAUGCUGCAUCUUCUACAAUGGCAUCAGUAAGGAGAUGUUUUAUCUGUUCCAUGUGGAUGCUUUUGUGUUUUCCUUCAGCCAUAAAUACACAGAAUUUCACAUUCAACAUCAGUCACCAUCAGAUUUAUCAGGGACAGUCAACUACCAUCAACUGCCAUUACAGCAAAAUCCAAAGUCAAUCUUUUACAGUAUAUUUGAGAACAAACCAAAGACUGUGUGACUACAGCUAUUUAAAUACAACCUGGACUAAACAAUUCUGUAAUGAAGACAUCAGAUUUGUGUGGAUUCCAGAAACAGAGGAAAUAUCAUUCCAGCUCUUAAAUAUUCAGAUAAGUAAUUCAGGUGUUUAUACGUGUACUGUGGAACACUACUUCCCACCUCCUACAAGGCGCUUGGGACAGGAGUGGAUAUUCAUUCAUGUAACAGCACCUCCAUCUGUAUCUGUGUCAUGUGUGAAUGGGUCUGAUGGAGUUCCCACAAUGCUUUGCACUUCUGAGGGUUUUUACCCUGAUGAUCUGGAACAGGCCUGGUUCAGAGAUGGAGAAUACAUCAGUUACAUGAACACUUCUCUUAGACAGAUAUAUAAGGGAAACCUGAAUUCUUCUCAUGUCAGUUGGAACUACAAAAAUAACACAGAUGGGUCUUACAGCUUCACAUCGUACCUUCACCCGUCUUCAGACAAAGCAGUAUUCUACUGCUGGGUGAAUCACUCAUCCCUGAACCAACCCAUCACUGUCAACAUAUCCUCAACUGAGUGCACUGAGAAUAUUGCAACAGACGUCUUAUCAGUCAUAGGAAUCAUUUGUGGUGUGGUGGCUGUUAUUGGACUGAUUCUUGCAGGAUGUUAUCAAUGUUUCAGAAAAAGAAAUUAUUUAAGGACUCCAGUAGAAGCAGCCCCAUUGCCUGAGUCUGUGUCUCAUACAACACCAGAGACACUGAGAAACCAUCAUCCUGAUUCACAACUGUACUCAACACUGGGACAUCAUCAGCCUGUUCCACAGACUUACUCAACAUUGGGGAACCAUCAGCCUGUCCCACAGAUUUACUCAGCACUGGGGAGCCAUCGGCCUGUUCCAUGCAGGAACAACAGCAAUGACAGCACAUCUCCCUCUCUAUGACACUCACUAAAUAGUCAAAUUUUCAAAAUGUCUGACUUAAUUUACUAUCCAAAUCUGAGGUAAUCUGAUUUAACAUUUCACUAACCGUUUGGAAAAAUGGCUCAUGCAACUACAGCUAGGUUAGGAAGAACCCAAACCAUGUUCAUCAUUGUUAUUAUUUUCAUCGGCAGUAUUAUGAUUGUAAUUUUUGUCAAUGUUAUUAUCACUGUUAUCCUACCUUCUUAUUGUCCUUUUUCUCUCUCAUCUAAUUUCCUCCUUCUUUUUCUUUGCAUUUCGUGUGUGUGUGUGUGUGUGUGUUAUUUUACAAUCAUUAGUGAAUGGGGGAAAAAACAAUGGCACUGUGAUGGUUUUUUGUGACAAAUGUGAUUAUUGUGGUUUUGGGGCAAAACCUAAAAUAGUAACUGUUGUAUAUAUUUUUUGUCCCAUCUGUGGUAUAAUUGCUCAUUAUGAGCCCUGUUCCUAUGACUGAAACAGAUGUUUAAAGAAUAAAAAGUUAUUAAACAAAUUUCCAAGGAUCACUGACUAAAUAAUGGCUGAAAAAUGACUAAAUACAUAAAAAGGAAAUGUCUUACUAAAUAAUUCCGUGUAGAUGUUGAAUAAUUUGCUUGCGAAAUAUUAAGGUGAAUACCAAAAUAAAACCAUGGUAGAAAAUCUUCCUCUUUUUUUAAAAAAAAAAAGUCAAUAUCAGUAAAUGAGCAACACUCAUAAGCUAUAAGACCUUUUUGGGAAACUGCAUUUCUGAAUUCUUAAGAAAUAUCUGUUUCUUUCUAUUACAUUUUCUAUUACAUUACAUUUAUUACAUUUUCUUACAGCUUUACAGUCAGAAAAUGUAAUAGCAAUUACAGCUAUUACAUUUUCUGACAUAGGCAAAUAUUAAAGACACUGCAUGAGAAUUAAAUCCAGAUGUAACAAUCUUGUCCUCCUUUACUGUAUUUAUGAAGCUUUUUAUUUUUAACAAUCAGGGACUUUUCCCCUCUGCAUUCAUUGCAAAUAUGCAAACCACAUAAACACAGUAAACAACAUAAAUGACAUUCAGCAUAAAUGACUAAUUUCCUGGCUAGCAUGCACGGUCUGCACAUACUCUGUAUGCACGUUUUCUGAUCUUGUCUAAAUUUCUGCCUCAGGCCUGGCUCAGAUCUCCCCCAG